CUCACCCUACGCAGAAGCCCCACUGCCAAGACGAAGAGGAAAAGGGCAUUUCUCCUCCAACUCCUGGCUCCGGAGGUGCCAGGUUGUAUCCGCAGAUGUAGUCGGCCCCGGGGGCUGCGCGGCUCAUGAUUGGCCGAAGCAGGAGCCGCCGGCCGAGGGGCGCGGGGACGAGAGCGAGCGCGGGCGCAGGGCGAGCCGGCCGAGCCGAGCCCACACCGGCAGCGGAGGCGCCGCCUCCCGUCUUCCGGACCCGGCACUUUGAGGGGUUCCGGGCGCCGGAGACGCGGGGCUCCCAUGGAGGCCGCCUCGCCGGCGGGACCCAGCGCCCCACGGCCGCCCGCGCAGGCAGCGGAGGGCGCGCCCAUCAGCCUGCUCCGCAGGAUCCGGGGCGCGCUUUUCACCUGGAAUAUUUUGAAAACAAUUGCCCUGGGUCAGAUGUUGUCCUUGUGUAUAUGUGGGACAGCCAUCACCAGCCAGUAUUUGGCAGAAAAAUACAAAGUGAAUACACCCAUGCUUCAGAGCUUUAUCAACUAUUGCUUGCUGUUUCUAAUUUAUACAAUGAUGCUGGCAUUUCAGUCAGGUAAUGAUAACCUUUUAUGCAUCUUGAAAAAGAAAUGGUGGAAGUAUAUCCUGCUCGGACUGGCAGAUGUGGAAGCUAAUUACCUGAUUGUCAGAGCGUACCAGUACACAACUCUAACCAGUGUCCAGCUUUUGGAUUGCUUUGGGAUUCCUGUGUUGAUGGCUCUCUCGUGGUUUAUUCUUUAUGCAAGAUACAGAGUGAUCCACUUCAUCGCUGUGGCUGUCUGUCUGUUGGGCGUAGGAACUAUGGUUGGUGCAGACAUAUUAGCAGGGAGAGAAGACAAUUCAGGUAGUGAUGUGCUGAUUGGUGACGUCUUGGUCCUUCUUGGGGCCUCCCUCUAUGCAGUUUCUAAUGUGUGUGAAGAAUACAUCGUGAAGAAGCUGAGCCGACAGGAGUUUUUAGGAAUGGUGGGCUUGUUUGGAACAAUUAUCAGUGGCAUACAGCUAUUGAUUGUGGAAUAUAAGGAUAUUGCCAGCAUUCACUGGGACUGGAAAAUUGCUCUACUGUUUGUAGCAUUUGCCCUCUGUAUGUUUUGCCUGUACAGCUUCAUGCCACUGGUGAUUAAAGUCACUAGUGCCACUUCUGUCAACCUGGGCAUCCUGACAGCUGACCUCUAUAGUCUUUUCUUUGGACUCUUCCUGUUUGGCUAUAAGUUCUCGGGACUCUACAUCCUGUCCUUCGCUGUCAUCAUGGUGGGGUUCAUUCUGUACUGUUCCACGCCGACGCGCAUGGCAGAGCCGGCUGAAAGCAGCGUGCCACCGCCAGUCACCAGCAUCGGGAUCGACAACCUGGGCCUGAAGCUUGAGGAGAACCUCCCGGAGACCCACUCCGUGGCCUUGUAGCUGGAGAAGAAGGCACACACAUGUACUGCGGCUUUCUGGGAAGCCGGGAGCUAUCACCUGAAUAAAGCAGAGCCUGUUGCCUGCUGAGGGGACACUUGGAAAAUGAUCAGAUGCAGAGUGAACACUCUGGAGCACUGGAUUGGCUCUAGUGGUUAGAUUUUAUGAAGGAAUACAAAUCAAUGUAUCAAAGGUAGAAGUACCAAAGUAGAGCAGAAGCUAAGGCAAGGACUGUGUUUUUGUGUGUUUAGGGACCAAUGUGUAUUAAUGUCAGGGAGACAAGGUGUGAGGCCCACACUGGGGUCUCAGAGGCACACGAUGGGAAAGCAGGAUGGGGUGGAUACUCAGGUGUGAGGCAGCCUCAGGACAGGGCCUGAAAGCAGGCUGUCCAGGUAGGCUGGUUGGUCGGGGAGGGGAAGAGCAGCCCAGGAUGGUUUGGGAUUAGGUUUGCUCAGUUGGAGGCAUCUGAGUUCUGUCCUGCUGAGGCAGUGAUUGUCUCAUGGGCUAGACGAGGUCUGGUGACUGAUUGCGUACAUCAGGAAGAUGGAGGGUGCAGCACUGGAGAAAUCCUGAGAUACAAGUGUAGAACCAUAGAAGCAGCACAGCGGAUCCUUCUCCCAAUUGUUACUACACUAAUCUUAGCAAAUAAUGUGCCAUGAGAUUUUUAUGAGACUUCUUCAAAACAAAGUUAACAGGAAGCAUCAUUAUGAUAUCAACUACCAAGCAGUGUGCCACUUCACACAAAUGCUCUAUGUAAAUUUUGGGGGGGGUAAAAAUAUAAUAAAGGAAUCGAGGGUAAGUGUU